GGUUUGGGGGUGAGGCACAGCCCCUGCCUCCCCUCCCUUCCCCCAGGUAUAAGAGCUGAGCUCUGGUGAGCUGGCUCCUCCUGUCCUGUCUCAGCGGCUGCCAGCAGAUCAUGAGCCAUCGGCUCCUCCAGGGCGGGCUAUAGGACAACAAAAUUCACAAAAGGACCAAGCACAGCAGACACCAUGGGACAGUGCCGGUCAGCCAAUGCCGAGGAUGCCCAGGAAUUCAGCGAUGUGGAGAGGGCCAUUGAAACCCUCAUCAAGAACUUCCAUCAGUACUCCGGGGAGGGUGGGAAAGAAACACUGACUGCUGCUGAGCUCCGAAACCUGGUCACCCAACAGCUGCCCCACCUCAUGCCGAGCAACUGUGGACUGGAAGAGAAAAUUGCUGACUUGGGCAACUGUAACGAUUCUAAGUUGGAGUUUGGGAGUUUCUGGGAGCUGAUUGGAGAAGCAGCCAAGAGUGUGAAGAUGGAGAGCCCCGUUCCAGGGAGUUGAGAACCUUCCCCUGGAAUUCUUGAGGGGAUGUUGGGGAAAGGGAUUCUUAGAGAAGAUGGGCCCAGAAAUAUAACUCCUCUCUCCACCAACACCACCCCAUUCCUCAGUCUGCACUGCCUUACCUCUGCAAGGGGCAGGCUCUUAAUAGCCCUGGUGGUGGGGAUGGUUUCUCAGUUCACUUCAUCCAUGGGAGCGCAUGCAGCUAAUGGGUCCGGAAGUGCCCACCAGAGAGAGGCUCAAGGACUGGUUGGGGCUAGGAUGGAUAGGAAUGGUCUAAGGGCCAAGUCAUUGGGGUAUGGGUCAGGGUAGAGAGGAGCAGGGCUAUGGGCCUGGGAAUAGGGCUGGAUAUUUGGUACUAAAAAGGGUCUCUAAGAACCUUCCCCUCCUAACCUCUUCCCCAACCACACCAUAGUCUCUGUCCAGUGCUAUUUCUUCCUGUUUCCAGCUCUGCCCCAACCCUUCCUAAGACUGUCCCUGGGCUAGGGCAGGGGAAGAGAGAACAGGGUGGGGGAGGCCUUGGGAGCAAGAGGACCACCUGGGUGCUUGGGCAUUUAUAGAAUGAUGGUUGUUUUGUAUCAUUUGAUUUAAUAAAAAAAUA